UUCAACCGACACAUACGUGCAUAUCUUGUUCUAAUCCACCAUAGCUGAUCAAAGAAGAAAAAACCAAAGAUUUCAAGAAGAAAAGGCUGCUCUCAAAAUUGACGACUCUGUUUGGCUUCUUUCUCUUCACCAUUGCAUCCUAAAGAAAGUUCACAAAACCAAAUGCAGCCAAAACAAAACCGUCUCUCUUUCUCUACCCAUUAUAGCAUAAAUUGGUGAUUUUAUAAUCUUUGGAAUCUUUGGCGAAUACCCACUUCGAGUUUUGUAUUCUUAUGAUCUGAUUUUGCCACUUUUUCUCUCACGGAAGAGAGGAAGUACUACUGUUAGACACCAUCUUAGAGAGCGAGAAAUGGGAAGCAAAUGGAGGAAAGUGAAGCUAGCGCUUGGCAUCAACUCCUCCUGCCUUUACGUUCCUCAAACUCUGGACGAUUCCUCGCCGCCUAUGGCAUCCGCAGCCAGACUCUCCGAUGCCGUUUCACCCUCCACGGGUCAUGGCUCUGGUCUUCGACGGACAACGCAGACUCCAUCCUCCUCAGGCGGACGAGUCUCCAUAACUGGACCAACAUCCUCUAAGAGGACCUGUGCAAUAUGCCUGACCAACAUGAAACCAGGCCAGGGUCAUGCCAUUUUCACUGCAGAAUGCUCCCAUUCUUUUCACUUCCACUGUAUUACCUCUAAUGUGAAACAUGGGAACCAAAUUUGCCCAAUCUGUCGUGCAAAAUGGAAAGAAAUUCCAUUUCAAACCCCUGCAUAUGAUCUUUCCCAUGGAAGGUCCCGAAUCAACCCAGUAAGUAGACCCCAAGAUGAUGGCUGGAUGACUGUUCGGCGACGCCUCCUUCCCCCUCGGUUAGGCACAAAUGGGGAGACUUCUACAAUAUUUCAAACCCCUGAGCCAGACGUCUUUGAUGAUGAUGAAGUUUUGGAUCUCCAAACUGAGAUUACCGAGAAACGUACAUCUGCUAAUGAAGCUGCUGAUAACAAUGCUAUUGGAAUAAUAGACAUUAAAACUUAUCCAGAAGUUUCUGCUGUUCCUAGAUCAGCCUCUCACAAUGAUUUCACUGUACUAAUACAUCUCAAGGCUCCUAUUACAAGUGAAAGGCAGGAUCGAAACAGAAACCAGACUGAAUUGCUGCCAGUAUGUCAAAAUUCUCGUGCUCCAGUUGACCUUGUCACAGUGCUUGAUGUUAGUGGCAGCAUGGCAGGUACCAAGCUGGCCUUGCUAAAAAGAGCCAUGGGCUUUGUAAUAGAGAACCUUGGGCCCUCUGACCGGCUUUCCAUCAUUGCCUUCUCGUCUAGAGCCUGUCGCCUCUUUCCUCUCCGUCAAAUGACUGAUAGAGGACGGCGGCAGGCUUUACAGGAUGUCAAUGCUCUGAUUUCAAAUGGUGGGACAAACAUUGCUGAGGGCCUAAGAAAAGGUGCCAAGGUGUUGGUAGACCGCAAGUGGAAGAACCCAGUUGGCAGCAUCAUACUGUUAUCUGAUGGGCAGGAUACAUAUACUGUCAGUAAUAAUGGGGCCCGUGCUCAAACGGACUACCAAUCACUUUUACCCCUCUCAAUCUGUCAUAAUAAUGGUGAAGGCUUGCAAAUUCCAGUGCAUGCAUUUGGAUUUGGCGCAGACCAUGAUGCUGCAUCAAUGCACUCGAUCUCUGAGAUUUCAGGGGGGACAUUUUCUUUCAUAGAAGCUGAAGGUGUGAUUCAGGAUGCAUUCGCACAAUGCAUUGGAGGCCUCCUGAGUGUCGUAGUACAAGAGCUACAAAUCAGAGUUGAGUGUGUUCACCUGAGUUUGCAACUCAGUUCAAUAAAGGCAGGAGGUUACCAAACCAGCAUCGUGGCAGAUGGAAGAAUGGGCUUUAUCGAUGUUGGGGUCUUGUAUGCUGAAGAGGAAAGGAAUUUUUUGGUGGCAGUCAAUGUUCCAGUUUGUUCCUCUGAUGAGAUGUCGUUGUUAAAUGUUAGAUGCAUUUACAGAGACCCUAUUACAAAGGCAAUGGUGAGUUUGGAAGAAAUGAAUGAAGUAAAGAUCCAGAGACCCGAAAUCACUAGCGAACUGGUCGUUUCCAUGAAAGUGGACAGGGAGCAGAAUAGGCUUCGUGCAGCAGAGGCAAUGGCUGAGGCUAGAGUUGCAGCUGAAAAUGGUGAUCUAGCUGGUGCAGUCUCUGUCCUAGAGAGCUGUCAUAGGUUAUUGACUGAAACUGCCUCUGCACGAGCUAGUGACCGGUUAACCAUCUCACUUUGUGCUGAGUUGAAAGAGAUUCAAGAAAGAAUGGCAAAUCGUCGGGUAUACGAGGCAUCUGGAAGGGCUUAUAUUCUGUCAGGUUUGAGCUCACACUCGUGGCAGAGGGCAACAGCGCGAGGUGAUUCCACAGAUGGUACAAGUCUUGUGCAAGCUUACCAAACCCCAUCCAUGGCUGACAUGGUAAGCCGGUCCCAAACCAUGUUUAUAGGGAACUCAGCACCUCAUUGAUCUCUCCAGCCUGCACAAUUGCUUCCAUCAAGAUAACAGGCAUGGUGAUAGUUAGAAUUGUCUUUGGAAAUUAUCCUCACUUCACAUAUAUUUUGUAUCAGCAGAACUUUUUGCAUUCUUUGUUAUUGUUUUCUUUUAUACCCUAUUGUGGCUUUGGGAAGAGGGGUGUUAAUGGAGAGAAGUUUCAGAUGUUGAGCUGGUUGAAGUUGUUUCUAGUUAAUGGGGCUCGGCUGAGAUAAAUGGUGAAGAGUGAAAAAGUUACUUAAGCA